CUGAGUUAAUGUUAUUUAUGUCAGAACUAAUGUGGGAUUAGAAGUAGUAGGCUGCGUUUUUAUACACCGAUAUACACAAGAUAGCUUAAAAUAUAACAGAUUUCCUACCACUUUUAAAGUAUAUUUAGUAAUCUGAAUGUACAUCAUUAUAAAAAUGGCAAAAUAUCAGACUUAGUUAUAUAUCGUCAACUCAAGUCAGGAUAUUCUGCACAUUAACAGCUAAGAUAUCCAUGAUAGUAGUUGGAAAUGGCGGCAGAGGAUGAUUUCUUUGUCACAUUCAAAAACGUAUGCUUUUAUACUGGGAUAGGAAUUGGCAGUUUGUUUGCACUAAUUUUCCUGAUCUGGCUGUGUAACAAAUGUUUAGCAGCAGGAAUACUUCGGUGGUGUGAGGGUUUGUGUGAGUGUUAUCGUGAUUGCAACUGUGAUAACUGCUGCUACGUCUGUUGCUGUUGCUGCUUGCUAGAACAGCUAGAUAAGCUUUGUGAAGACGCGGACUGUAAAUCAGACUGUGAGUCUUCUUACAAUCUCUGUAAACAGGAUUAUGCCAAGUUAAACUGGAAGUUUUUCUUCAAGCCUAGUUGCUGUUUUUGUAGACAGAAAAAUGACUGGGAUGGUGACGAUUACAACGGCAGAUCGUUCGAUGGCUCAAGAAAUAUCGAUCUUCAUUCUGUGACAACACUGCCUUAUGAUUAUAACAACAGUCGUGUUAGCAAUCAUCGGGUUGACAACUGCAACCAUAUUGUUACACGCCAGCCUACAUUCGAGUUACAACACAUACAGCCGACAUCACCAGUAAGUCCGACUGUAUACAGCAAUAAUUAUGUAAGUUAUCCUUUGCUAAAUUCUAAAAUUAAAUCCAUGCAUUUAUCUUGUUAGGUUCCUUGACUCAUUAUUUUAUUCAUUAAUGGCAAUGUAUUUGUAACAUUCUUUUAAAUGUAUUUCGUUUUUUAAAGACCACAAGUCAAGCUACUAGACAGACAUACGUAAGCCCAACAAAUACA